CCGCCGAACCGAACGGAAGGUUACACGAUGCGCGCGCGGUGAACAAAACAAUCGCGAUGCUGUUCGAGAGUCCCAACGCGAAAUUGUACCCGGCUUUCAACAUCCCGCCGCCCGUAAGGCUGAGCGGUGCGUUGGGCGGGCUGGAGGUAGUAGACGGAGGUCUGGUUGGCGGCGAGCUGGCGGCGCACGUGCUAAGCGCGCAGGCGGCCGCCCACGCCGCCGCAACAGCCGCACACCAACAGCAACAACAACAAAUUGCUGUUCAACAAAUCAAGACUUCACCGUCAUCGGGUCGUUCAACACCAGUGGCUACCACAGCAGGAACCACGUCACCGUCACCGAGUAAGCUGUUCGUCGGCGGUCUCAGCUGGCAGACCAGCUCCGAGAAGCUCAGGGAAUACUUUGCUAUGUUUGGCCCAGUCACCGAUGUGCUUAUCAUGAAGGAUCCGGUCACACAGCGCUCGCGCGGCUUUGGCUUCAUCACGUUUCAGGAGGCCUCUUCCGUCGACAAGGUCCUCGCCGUGCCGGUCCAUACACUGGACGGCAAGCGCAUCGACCCGAAGCACGCCACUCCCAAAUCGGCCCCCAAGCCCGCAAAAACCAAAAAGAUAUUCGUCGGGGGCGUCGGGCAGGACACCUCCGCCGACGAGGUCCGCGCCUACUUCUCGCAGUUCGGUCUCGUCGAGGACGCCGUCAUGCUGAUGGACCAGCAGACGAAGCGCCACCGCGGCUUCGGCUUCGUGACGUUCCACUCGGAGGAGGCCGUCGAGCGCGUGUGCGACAUCCACUUUCACACGAUCAAGAACAAGAAGGUGGAGUGCAAGCGCGCGCAGCCCAAGGAGGCCGUGGCGGCCGCGCCGCUGGCGCUGGGCAAGCGGCUCGUGCUGCGGCCCGGGCGCGGCCUGGUGUACGCGGGCGGCGUGGGCGGCGUGGGCGGCGUGCCGGCCGCGCACGCCUACCGCUACGCGCCCUACGCGCUGCCCGCCGCCUCGUCGCUCGUGGCGCCGCCCGCGCCCGCGCCCGCGCCCGCGCUGCCGCAGUUCGGCGCCGCCUACUCGCUGGCCGGCGUCGACAUGUCCUCGUUCCAGGGCGUCGACUGGAGCGCCAUGUACGGCGUGCCCAUGUACAUUUAAGCGAGCCGCGGCCCUUUCGUUUUCCGAACAGUUCCUACGCUUCAUUUCGGAUUUGGCGUCGUCUUGCCGCGUCGCGCGGUCCGCGUCCGGUCUCGCGCGCCCGGCCCGCGGUCGCGUCCGGCCCGGGACGGCCGCGCUCGGCCCGGCGCGACCCGAAGCGAAGAAUACGCAUUUUUUUAAAGUUAAAUAUAAGGCGAAGAUCUCAGAUAAUUUAGUUUGAAAUUUGAGAAAGAAGAAAACUGAUUUUUUUCUUAUUAUAUUUUGUCUUGGAUUUUGUAAUAGUUUGUAGCAUAGGUAGUGCACGAUCGUUGGCAAUAUGAUGAAUAAUAAUUAUUUAUACUUUGUGAGGAGUGUACGCGAUGAAUCUCAUGACAGCUAUCUUGUAUCCUCUCGGAGCCGCACUCGGCGCGUCCGGCGCGUCCGGCGCGUCCGGCGCCGUGUGACGUGCGUCUCGUUCGGUGGCGACAUCUUCCCUCGUACGUAAAACUCGAAUCAGUAUUAGAUUUUCGUGCCAUUUAUGAGAAUUGUGCCAAAAUGACGUACCGAUUGUCGGGCCGCGUCUAAUCCGUCGGCGGUUUACGAUUAUCCUGUGAUUUAUUCGAAUCGGUGACAUUUUUCGGCUAAAUUAUUCAAAAGACAUUACCCGAACGUCGCAAAGACGUCGCUGACGUCACGCUAAUGUCGGUGUGUCCGUCUGUCACACGCACGUCACGCGGCGCCAGCGGCAGCUCACUCAUACAUAUCUAACUCGUAAAGCAAUCAUUACAUGGCAUUGUAUGUAUGUAUGUUUUAAGUAGUUAUUAUACCCUUGAUUGCAGUGGAUUUUGAUGUGUGCUCUGUUUAUUUUCAUUCUUCUUUCGAACAUUGCGUUGUAUGUCAUAUUUUCUUAGACAUAAUAUAUGACAAGAUUCAGAUUAAGCUAUAUAGAUGUUCUCUCAAUGCAAGUGUUGAUGUUUUUUCUCUCAAUUUAUUUUUAAAACAUAUAUAUCGCGAAGGGAUCACUUAUGGUGUCGUUUUUAAAAUUUCUCAUCGCCCUGAUAUAUUGUCAGUAUCUUCUAACUAUUUUUGCUGCGAUAUCCAAUUAUGUAAGUUAUUUAAACGGUUAAUCUAGAGAGAAAGAUAAUGCGGACAUAGAUUUCAUCACUGUAUAUUAUUUACAUUAAAAUAGAAUCGAAAAACAAAGCCUAAAACUGAGAGGCUUCACACAAUGGGUAUAUAUCAAAACCACUGCAAUUUGCGGAUAAGCCAACUCAUGUCUGUCAAGUUCAAGCAACAUUAGAUCUUAUGUCAAAGUUGUGAUGGAGGUAAUAGUUUGUCUUGAUAGAUAAACCAUGAAAUGCACGUUUUGGGCGUGUAUUAGAACACUUUGAAUUCAUUUUCAUUCGUUCCGUAGCAAUACACUUAACGAUUGUCUAGUAAAACAAAUUUAUGGAAAAUAUUUAUGUGGAUGAAAAAUCGAUUUUUAUGAGUAUAUAUUUUUUUUUAUUAAAGCUCCGUAUCGAGUAAUUGCCGAAAUGAAAAUGGUUAUGCGAAAGCAAAAUUAAAAAUGCUAUAUCUGGCAGCUGUAACGCGUAAAACGUUCAUUUCGAUGGUUCCACGGCGCCGUUUAUGGGUGAUUUUUAGUGAGUACGUUAAUUAAUUAGUUUAGCAGUUAUAAGGGAAUGCGAACUAACACCAAGAGUGUACCGUGACAAUAAGCUAAGUAUUAAGCCGCUGUAGUGGCCGCUUGUCUAUGCCUGGAUAUUAAUUAAAUUUAAAAAAAAAAAAACAUUCUUUUGUAUCUAUGUGGUUCACUUAAUUGUUAUUAUCUGAAAAGUUUGCCCAACGUCGGGUGCCACUUUUAUAAAUGCUCUAUACAGCCUGUGAAUAAAGGCUUUCGGUAUUACUAGGUAGGUAUAUUCUCUUUUGUUUGAAAGUAGGUGCAGGAAAAGUGACCUAGAUUGUCGUUGCAGCGGCAUUGAUGUGCUUUUAUCCUAAUACGCCGUACUUUGCCACGCGAAGAAAAUGUUUUUCUUUGACUAUUUAAAAAAUGUCCCACAUUGGGCGCCAAAUCUUUCUAUUAUUAAUUUUUUUAACGAUGUAUGCUCAGUGAGUAUAUUGACUCACAUAUCCCAGUGAUUUCGUUUUAAAUUUUUUAAACGAAGCCUUUUUUUUAUUAUUUAUUAAUUCAGACGUGCAAAAAUCUGACUGUUUGUUUACAGUAUGCGAAACUUUUUCAUUAUAACGAUUCACGUUAACAAAGUACUUAAUCUGUAAUAACUGUAGGUUAGGAAUUUAUAAAGCAAUACUCGAAUCUUAAACACUGUGAUUAGAAAAAGUAUUAUAUUAAUUAUUAUAUUGAAAAGACGAUUGAUGGUUGUGUUCGUGCAAUUCCUAGUUUUAAGACUAAAUUUUCGGGACGUGGUCCCCGCAGUAUUGUAUGCACUCUCGAGUACUUAAAAGGUGAACGAAAUUGAUAAUGGUCAUGUCUAUAUCUCGUACCUAUCAAGGGAUAUGAAAUUAGCAGAUAAUAAUUGAAGCAAUAAUAAUCAUAGUUUUUUUUUAUCUAGACAUUAUUUAAACAUACACAAUACAAGUAUAUUCAAGUACGAACUAUAGACAGGAUAAUCGUCAACUGAACUUAGUGACAUGUACUUGCCAAUGCCAGGCAAAGACAAGCGGCGGAGUAGAGCUAUGCAUGCGGUAGCUUAGUCGACCACAUUCCCUCGCCGGUCGACUCACUUAUAGAAAUUUUGGCUUGUAGAGUGUUUAUUUAGAAGAUUUUAGUAUUUUUUUUAUUAUUAUAUCGACUUAUUUGAUUUUUUUUUUAUUUCAAUGAAGGCAACGACUUUUUAUUUUAUAAGGUUGAAAAACAAGGAUCGCCUGUGAUUAUUUUAUUGCUUCAAGAGGAAGAAUCUCAAUUUGUUUUAAUUUGUUUAUUUUUCGUUUUAAGUUAAACGUUCUAUAAGCCAAAAUUUUUCGAAUGCUAUUUCACAUGUAUACACAUCCCUUAUUAUUAUAGCAGUAUUCUUUAUAUUAUAAGUAGGUUAGAACCUUCUGAGAUUGCUUGCGAUUGCUGCGUUUUGAGUGUUUAUAAAUAUUAUCUAUCCAAAGUUUUAACGAUUCAUUUUUAAUAUUGACAAUCGUAUAUGUUUUUUUUAUGAUUUGGUUUCAUAAUGACACUUGAAGACGCGGUAACCGCUUCGCCCAUUGAUAACACCUUUUGUAUAUUAGCAUUUUUUUCCCUGAAAAUUUCAGUAUUAGAUGGUUGAUAUAAUAUUAUUGUGAUGUCUUAUAUUUCAUUAGUAACCCCUCCGCGGGCGGCCGCUCGAUAUCUUGCCAAAGUAUUGAUAGCAGCGGACCCGUCUCUAGAAAUAUGUACUUAAUUUUUUAUAUCCAUAUGUAUAUUCAACGAAAUUUCGACAACUGAACAGUUGUUGGCAUUUCAUACGCUAACAAAUAUUUAUAUUUUUUUCUUUUUUUAAAACACUUGUAUUAGUUUGGUAACAGAGCCGGUGAGUGAGAUGAGAGUGUCGCUCGCUGGCUUUUAGAAGUAGUUUUGUAUUUAGUGGUCUUAGUGUUUUGCCCGUACAUAACUUGUAUGUAAUGGAGCACCUAGAUACCCAAUGUGUCAUUACAUGAAUAAUAUUAGAAAAUGUGUGUUUUAUUUCAUAGAACCGUGGGAAGGUUUGUGCUGGGUUACUAUUUCACGGAAUCCAUAGUUUAGUUUGCACGUUGAGUUUACCUUGUGUUUACGUAGAGUUAAUUUUUAAUAAAACGAUGUCCCAAUUCGGGCGCCAAAACUUCAAAUGGAGUGGGGGAGUAUCCGCGGGUCAUCGCGAUGGUAAGUCGGCUUAGACAGAACUCAUCGAGGCAUGUGAACUCAUCGAAUAGUCGUAGAAAAGCGUCUUUGUGACUAACAAAUCUCAAUUUCCGAUCUCCUAAGGCAUGGUUGGCAUGGUAUAUUCAUACGUAAACGCAAACAAAUAUCUUCCAAAUUCACUGUCAAUUCUUUCAACGGGCGUUUGCCACACGUUGGUUGUGAAACGUGCUAUUACGGUAUUUUUCUUAAAGCCAAAUUGUAUAUUGGAUUUGAGAGAAAUAUUAGGACCUAGACACGUAGUGUAGACCUUUAUAGUGACGCUUCGCUUAAUAACUACAGUCUUCCUGAUUUGCCAAAAAUAGGCCAAAGUUUGCAUUUUUGCUCAAAUUAACAAUUUUCGAUGUUUAAAAUGAUCGCAGCCUUGAAGCGUUGAAUCAGAAACGUUGUAUAGAUAUUGUGAUAAAGCCGUUUAGCGGAACAGAAUGGCCGUUGGCUGCGAUGGAACCCUGGCAGGAAGAUCUAAAGUAGAUUGUUUUGCCAAGAAAAGCCCGCAUACGCCAGAAUAGUAUAAGGAUAAGACAAUAAAAAAGGGAGACGUUGCCAACUACGACGCUAUAAUCUAAUUUAUUGCCGUAGACGAAAAUUACAUUCCUGUCUAGUCAUUUUAAAUAGGUUUUCUUUUAUAAUUCGAACGUUGUUGGUUAUUGGAAAGUUAUCCACUAAAAGUCUAAUCUUGCUCAACUUAUCUUGCCUAGUUGUAGUUCGUUCUGUAUUUUAUCUACGAAAGCUUCGCAGUAGUCAUGUGCCAUACACCAUACAUGCCAUAGCACAGCAACGGUGACAUUACGAUAGUGAUGUACCACAUUGCUUCACGCGAUUCCAGGUUUACUGGACCAAUGUAAACAGAAGUAAAAAUAUAUUCUUAAUUAUUAAUAAGGUUAUAAUAUAUACAUGGAUUAAUAUACAACUUUUGGAUUGGUAUAAUAUAAAGUAUGUUAUGAAAAAAAAAAAUUAUGUUGUGUGUUUUAAAUGUACGGCAGAUGCUAGAGUAGUGAUGUAGUGUAGUGAUUUUGAAAAUUUACAUAUAUAAUAUUAAACAUAAGUAACUAAUCGAAAGCAAUAACAUUAUUAUUAUAUUAAUACAGCACGCGCGCGCUGCGGCUAUACGACACGUGUAUGAUAAAAUACUUAAUUAAAAAAAAAAAACAAUUGCACCUCUUUCGAACGCUCAAUUCAACAUGGCGGACACGGCAGCGCGCGCUAUACAUGUUAGAUUAUUAUUAUACACACAUGCAUACAAAAUAUUACAAUAUUUUUGUAUAAUAGGAUUGGUGUAAUCAGUAGCGAGUUGGUAUUUGUAUUUUAAAGUUAAUAAUCGUGAUAAUUAUUCGAACACUUGUUGAUAAGUGGAAUAUGUGAUUUAAAUAUGUUUAAAACGUAGAGCGUGGGAUACGCCGCUUGAGGCGUGCGGUCAUGUUCUUUUAAUAAGACGUGCGCGCACUGUGGUAAUACCGAUUGAAAACCCCAAUAUAAACACCCUUGAAUGGGUUUUCUAUUUUUUAAGCAUAUAUCGUUACCUACAAUGCGCGUUAAAUCUCAAACAUGGCGGCACAUAUAGACUUCAAAUUGUGUUUCACAUCGCGAAACGAUACGACGCGAAUAUUUUAAAAAAAGUUUUUAGAUUUUUGCGAUGGAAAUUGGCUUAAAAAGUUCUUAAUAACUUAAGUACACGUGUUCUAAAGGCUAAAGUUAGUAUCAUAAUGUGGUAUCGAGAUGGCGUUGUCGUGGUUUAUCGCGAUAAUCACACUACGUAUAUGUAUAUAACAUCGCAAUUAUCGUGAAACUUGUAUUUGUACCCUAAAUAGAGGCUGUAUUUACAUUCCUUUAUGUAUAUUAUUAUUAUUAUUAUUUGGUUGAUUGCAUUUUAUGGUAGUACCUACUUAAAACAAUAGUUUACCAUAGACAACGUAGAUAUGGGCUGUUUUUUUAUAUCCACAAAAUGCUAAUAGGCAAACAUUGUGCAAUAUAUAAUCAAUUUUUUUAAUUGUAUAAUCUGAUAAGGAUGCCCGUAGCUUGGGAUGAGUUGGGGUCUGUAGAUGAAAGUAGAGUUUUCGUUUUUUUUUAUAUACAUCAGAAUUAUUUCCGGGCAUAGACAAUUUUAUUUUCUUAGGCAUAUUUUCAUGCGAAAGCACGUAAGUGAAACUUACACAAUUGGUAAUAUGGUACAAGAAAACUAAAUUAUUCGUAAUUGAAAAUUAAUAAUCAUAUAUUACUGAAACUCUAACAGUGUUUAUUACAGUUAUAUGUACUAAAAUGAGACUGUCUAUGCGCUUGAAAACACAUUUAAAAUUAGCUUCGUUUGCCGAGUAAUUAAGUUAACUGAAUGUUAUGUAACAGAUAUCAGAUACAAUCCAUAUAUGUAGAUCUGUAUGUAUUUCGGUACUGCGUCUUUUUUGUCUGGAAAGCAGCGUUUGAAAAGACGUCGCUAUCAAAAAAGACGUAAUAGUCUAUAGAUAUCCGGGCCGUCUAGAGGCCCUAGCUAGACGCAGUAGAAUGCGUUAGCGCCGGCCGCGCGCCUCCUUCAACGCCUUUAAAUAUCUAUGGUUCAUCUUCACUUAGUCGAAUAUUAGAAAUAAAUGGUAAAAAACACA